UUUAAGACAGGGAAAAGGUGAAUAAUUUGCUCGUGAUCGGACAUGUGGGUUAUGGCAGCACUGGGGACAGAAUCUGCGUCCAUGACUAUACUACUGUGACUGCCCGCUUUUAGAUCCUUUUCUAUUUUUGCUGUUGUUGUUGCUGUUAACUUGUUUUGGUUAAGCUAUCAGUAAAAAGCUUUUAAAGAUCCAGGUCAAAAUCCAUCAGAAGCCAAGUGCUUUUUCCCCUCCGAUGAAGGACUGGGCAUUUUGCAUUUGAAUCCUGCUUGGCGGGAAGCUGAAGGCAGGUGUCGCGAGGGACGGGGAGGAGCGGCCAGGCCCCGCCAGCCAAUCAGGGUGGGCGGGGGCCUCCCUCCCCUCCUCCGACGACCACGCGCCAAAAUUCCAAACGGACCUCUUGCCCCUACCCGCCGUCUCCCUCCGCCGAGUUUAGUGAGCCGGAACUAUAAGAGAAAAAGAAGCCAGCGUUCUCCCACCACUGCCCGCUCGGGUCCUGAACAUUGUGGGAGCAGGUUCUCCUCAACUGUGGCCCGACGUCCCUACUUACAGACGGCAGGAAAGUUUCGAGCUUGCAGUUGGAGGGUGCCGGCGUGCGCGGGACAGGUGCGGAGGGAUUCUGGGCGCGCGCGCUGCGGUCGCUGGCGCUGAGCUUGUGGCGCCAGAAUUCGGAGCGCGGAAGAGCCGGGCGGUUGUUGCUGCGUGGACCUCGCUCUGGUCUCCCGCAGCGGACGCCCGGGGCAGGAGGCAGAGGAGAUGGUAGUUCUCCGCAGCAGCCUGGAGCUGCACAGCCAUUCCGCCGCCUUGACCACGGACUCCCUGGACCUGUCCAGCAAGUUCUUCAACCUGGCGCAGAUCGGCCGGAGGAAGCUCCGCUCGGCCGGCCCUGUUGAGCGGUCUGCGGGCCUCACGGGCGCCGCGGGCGCUGGGUCUUCAGUUAAGGAAGCCAAAACCUACCAUCAGACGCGUGCUUCAAGAUCUUUGAGAAAAAAUGCACAGAAUUCUUCAGAUUCUAGUUUUGAUAAAAAUAUGGAAAUAACGGAGAAACAUGCUAAUGGCAGGCAUUUUACAAGGCAGUUGGCUAGACAGCAGGCUAAUACAAAAAAAGAAGAGUGCAAAGAUGACAAAGUGAUUCCAGUUACUCGAUCACUGAGGACUAGAGACAUUGUUCAAACUACAGAACACUUGCAUGAAGAGAAUGGUGAUGUUGAAGUUCGCCGAAGUUGUAGGAUUAGAAGUCGUUAUGGCAGUGUGAACCAGUCUGUGCUAUUUGACAAACUUAUAACAAACACUGCUGAAGCUGUACUUCAAAAAAUGGACGACAUGAAGAAGAUGCGUAGACAGCGAAUGAGAAAACUUGAAGACUUGGGAAUGUUUAAUAAAACAGAGGAAGGGAAUCUUAAUAUGUACACAAAGGGAAAACAAAAAGGUAUUCAAAGACCUGAUGAAGAAACAACUGAUAACCAAGAAGGCAGUGCAGAGUCAUCUGAAGAGGGUGAAGACCAAGAAGAUGAAGAAGAUGACGAUGAUGACGAUGAAGAAGACGGAGAAGAAGAUAAUCAGAAACGAUAUUAUCUUAGACAAAGAAAAGCUACUGUUUACUACCAGGCUCCAUUGGAAAAACCUCGUCACCAGAGAAAGCCCAAUAUAUUUUAUAGCAGCCCGGCUUCUCCAACAAGACCAAGAUAUCGAUUAUCUUCUGUGGGACCAAGAAGUCCUUACUGUAAACGAAUGAACAGGCGAAGGCAUGCAAUCCAUAGUAGUGACUCUACUUCAUCUUCGUCUUCUGAAGAUGAACACUUUGAGAGACGAAGAAAAAGGAGCCGUAAUAGAGCUAUAAGCAGUGAUGUUUUAGGUACCCUCAAAUAUCUACAAGUCAUGAAACCAAAUGGCUACUUCCCUCUAAAUCUAGUUCUUGUGGUUUAAGCAGGCCUGAGCCUGAGAGGUAAUUGGAGGAUCAGAUAACCCAUCUGUGCAGGAGCACAAGGCUUACACCACAGUUUGCAUCUGGUAUUGCUCUUUUGAUUGGCAAUUUGACCAUAAAAUUUUACAACUUCAUCAUUAAAGAGUGUCCAAGUGUGUAUACUUAACCCUCCUUCCUUCAGCAUUUUUCAAUAUAUCCAAAAAU